AUGGGGCGCAAAGAGGCCAUAGCAAGGUCCGUCGUGCGCGCCAUAACACGGCGGCGACCCACCCAGGGCCGUAGCGCAAACCGUCUUGGCCGCAUCCUCGCCCUCUUCUCUGCUUUCUUCUCCCUCUACCAGCUCCCACUUCACAAAAUACGACCUGUCGAGUUUCAGAACAUUCGAUCGGAGCACUGGAACGUCAAUGACGACGAUUAUGUGGCCGCGUUCUUGAACGAAGAGCGAGAUGGGGCCGCACUCCGUGCCAUGGGAGACAUGGGCUUCUCCGGCUCCACAUUCUUCUCCACCUGGAAUCAACAAUAUCUCGUGAAAUCCAUCCCGCGACACUUCGAACACUCGUUCUUCGAGAAUGAUCUCGUCGAGCCCUACCUUGCCUACAUGGCCCAGCAGCCGACAUCUCUCCUCGUCCGGAUCUGUGAGUUCUUGGGCUGCACGGACCGUGCGCUGGGCCGCACCUUGCGCAUGGCCCCAAGCCAUCACAUCGUCAUGGAGAAUAUAAUGUAUGGAUCCGAAAAGGCCGAGGAUGGAUGGGAGCACUGGGACCUCAAGCCUACAAGCUACUUCUAUCCCGAGCGUGACAUCGCCGACGGUCGCUUGACAAGUGACGCGACCAAGGACCAGCUUGCCGACGAAUUCCACGACAAGAUCGUUCUCAGCGACAAGGACGCCAAGGCUUUUGUCGCGGCUCUAGAACGAGAUACAAAGUUCCUUGCCGAUCACAAUGCGGUGGAUUACUCGCUCUUUUUGGUCAGGAUCAAGUCGGAGGACCCGGUGGCAGCCACAGAGCCCGGACCGUCCAACACUGAAGGGGCGGAUGCUGUGCCGCAGAAUCCGCCGUCCGUCCCACCAUUGCCGCCCUCUUGGCGAACGGGCGUGCCCUCAUCAGAUGGGAAACACAUCUUCCGCGCGUCGAUCCUCGACUUCUUCUGGGCCAAACACAAAAUACAGCCAAUGCUGAUGACCUUGUUGAUCAAGACAUGGGAUUUGAUCACAGGACAUGGUCCCAUGAGUAUCACGACCACCCCCCAAGAGUACAGGGAGAGAUUUCUCAAGAUGUGCCUCGAGAUGAUAGAAGUAAAGGAUGAUGCUUGA